CCUAAUUCGCCGACUCCAGCCCAAGUCAAGAAGAUGUUCAACCGUGCCACGUCACUCACCGUCGCCACGCUGCGUCGCGCCUACUCGUCGGCCCCUGGCCAGCAGAAGGUGGCCGUCCUCGGUGCGGCCGGCGGUAUCGGCCAGCCCAUGUCGCUCCUGCUUAAGGACUGCGACCACAUUAAGCACCUGAGCCUCUUCGAUGUGGUUAACACCCCCGGUGUCGCCGCCGACAUUGGCCACAUCAACACGCGCGCCGAAGUGACGGGCCACGUGGGCAUGGAGCAGGCCGGCGAGGCCCUCGAGGGCGCCGACGUCGUGGUCAUCCCGGCCGGCGUGCCGCGUAAGCCCGGCAUGACCCGUGACGACCUGUUCAACACGAACGCCGGCAUCGUGCAGUCCCUGGCCGCGGCCGCCGCUAAGCACUGCCCUGAGGCUAUGAUGCUCAUCAUCGCUAACCCCGUCAACUCGACGGUGCCCAUUGUGGCCGAGACCUUCAAGAAGGCCGGCGUGUACGACCCCAAGCGCCUGUUUGGUGUCACGACGCUCGACGUUGUCCGUGCCGCCACCUUCGUGGCUGGCAACCAGAACUGGAACCCACGCGAGACCAACGUUAAGGUCAUUGGCGGCCACGCCGGCACCACCAUCCUGCCGCUGCUGUCGCAGCUGAAGGGCGCCAAGUUCUCGGACGAGGACAUUGCCAAGCUCACCCACCGCAUCCAGUUCGGAGGUGACGAGGUCGUGCAGGCCAAGAACGGCACGGGAUCGGCCACGCUCUCCAUGGCCUACGCCGGUGCUCGCUUCACUACGCGCCUCCUGGACGCAAUGAACGGCGAGAAGGACGUUGUCGAGUGCUCGUACACGCAGAACGACGUGACUAAGCUGCCCUUCUUCUCCACGCCCGUGACGCUCGGCCCCAACGGUGUCGAGAAGGUGCAUCACUUCGGCGAGCUGUCCGCUGUGGAGCAGGCUAACUUCGACGAGAUGAUUGUGGCUCUCGAGGCUCAGAUCAAGAAGGGUGUGGACUUUGCCAAGAACAACUAAAUUGCUGGUCGCUGGCCGCGAGGUGAACGUCACGAACGGACAGUGACUGGCUAGGUAGUUUACGUCGGAGGUUGUCCCUCGUGCAGCUGCCUGAAGCUGCGCUCUGGUGUAGCCAUUAAUAUCGAAUACAAAUGUGUUUCGCAAUGCGACUGACUUAGCGUUGAUGUAUAGGAACGAAAUCUGUCCUGUAAGCGAUGUCAACAGCGCACCGACGACUACGAAAAUGUACCGCUGAAACCACGUGGAGAACAAUAAAUACUACUAGUAGUAGUAGUAUUACGUGAUUGUAAAUGAGGACUGUAUCUAAAAUUCACGUUUUGGGCAAGGUGUGGUG